AUGUGUGUUUGUAUCAUUGUAAAGAAUGUCUUUUUAUGUGUUUUAGAGGAUAAAAAACUGUUUACACCAGGUCCACUGGGAACAUCAUUAACUGUUAAAGAGGCCAUGCUAAGAGAUGUUGGUUCUAGAGAUGUUCAAUUUGUAGAAACAGUUAGUUUUAUCAGACAAGAGUUGCUCAAGUUAGCAGGUGUAUCUACUGAUGAUUAUACAACAGUACCAGUUCAAGGAAGUGGAACAUUUGCUGUUGAGGCAGUUAUUCAAACUACUGUACCUAGACAGAAUGGGAAGGUGUUGGUUCUUGAAAACGGUGCCUAUGGUAAAAGAAUGGGAAAAAUUUGUGAAACAUUAUCAAUACCAUAUCAAUUAGAAAGUUUUCCUGAAAAUGAGGCAGUGAAUGUGUCUCGUAUUGAAGAAAUAUUAAAGAAAGACAACUCUUUUAAUCUUAUUUGUAUUGUCCACUGUGAAACCAGUUCAGGUGUAUUUAAUCCAGUAGAACAAGUAGGAAAAUUGGUGAAUCAGUUAAGUCCAAAGACAAGUUAUUUUGUGGAUGGUAUGAGUAGUUUUGGAGCAGUACCAUUAGAUCUGUAUAAAUCACAUGUAGAUUAUUUAGUUAGUUCAGCUAAUAAAUGUAUACAGGGUACCCCCGGUUUCUCAUUUGCCAUAGCCAAAAGACAGAAAUUGUUUGCUUGUAAAGGUAAUUCUAGAAGUUUAAGUUUAGAUUUAGUUGAUCAGUGUGAUAAUUUGGACAAAACUGGUCAGUUUCGCUUUACACCAGCCACACAUGCUAUGCUAGCUUUUAGACAAGCUUUAUGUGAACUACAUACUGAAGGUGGAGUAGAAGGUCGUGCUCAGAGAUAUCAAGCUAAUAGAAAAAUAGUACAAGAUGGAAUGAAGAAAUUAGGAUUUAAAGAAUUAUUAGAUGAUAAAAUAUCUGGCUAUAUUAUAACAUCAUUUUUAUUUCCUAAACAUCCAAAUUUUAAUUUUAAAGAAUUCUACAGUAGAUUGAAUGAAAAAGAUCAGGUGAUAUACCCUGGUAAAGUAUUAGAUACUGAUUGUUUUAGAAUUGGUAAUAUAGGUCAUCUGUUCCCUCAAGAUAUGCAUAAAUUAUUAGAGUGUGUAGAACAAGUCUGUAAAGAUAUGAAGUUAGAAUUGAAAUAA